AUGAGCACCGAUAUAUUUGCGGAUCCAUCCACUGAUGCUAACUAUUGGCCACGAUUUCUUAUGCAACUUUUUAUCAUACUUGUACUAGUUCGUAUCAUGGGCUGGAUACUUGGAUUAAUCAAACAACCAUCGGUCAUCGGUGAAAUCAUUGCUGGAGUGAUUGUUGGUCCCUCAGUAUUAGGAAAUAUUGAUUUUUGGGCGACGCAUAUAUUUCCUCCAUCAUCUUGGAACUACUUUACAUUAGUUGGCAAUAUUGGUCUUAUUCUUUUCAUGUUCAACUUGGGCUUAGAACUAGACAAGGGAAAAAUUCGACAAGAAUGGAAACGGUCGCUUCCUAUAGCAAUUUCUACUAUUAUCAUCCCAUAUGCAUCUGGUGUUGGCUUGUCUAUCUACUUGUAUGAUAUCAACAAUCGAGAUGGAUUUGCCGCACCGGACCGACCAGCGUUCAUCCUAUUCAUAGCAUCAAGCAUGUCAUUUACUGCUUUUCCAGUUCUUGCUUCGAUUCUCACAUCGAAGAAUUUGAUAUCGGCCAGAAUCGGUACUCUAACGAUUAGUUGUGCAGCCAUCGAUGAUAUUAUGGGCUGGUGUUCACUAGCUAUUGCUGGUGCUUUUGCUAAAGGAUCAGGAAUCAUCGGUUUAUGGGUCGUGUUGAUUGCUAUUGGCUAUGUCAUAUUUAUGUUUACAAUAGUCAAGUGGACGCUUGCAGCUGUACAUAAUUUCUUACUGAAGCGCAACAACGAAAUGAACAGUUUCUUUCUUAUUGGUGUAUUUCUUAUUUUGAUUGCGUCUGCAUUUUUCUGUGAGAUACUUGGUAUACAUUCAUUCUUCGGUGCAUUCAUUGCUGGAAUUAUCUGUCCAAAAUCGGGCAAGUUCAAUGCUGAACUAUUUCCUAAAAUCGAAUUGGUCACUGUUCAUUUGCUACUUCCAUUAUUCUUCGCUGCUAGUGGUAUGAGAACAAGUUUAGGAUCGUUAGAUGAUAAAUUCUACGGCGGUAUAACAGUUCUUAUUUUUGUUGUUGCUACACUUGCAAAAUUUAUACCGGCAUUCAUAAUGACAAAGAUUACUACACGUGAAUCAUGGAAGUUUUCUGCAGCUGUCGGUAUUCUGAUGAAUACACGGGGUUUGGUUGAGCUCAUUGCCUUAAAUAUCGGCCUUCAACUUCACAUUUUAUCACCUCGUCUAUUUACCAUGUUUAUUAUCAUGGCACUAGUUACAACAUUUAUGACUUGUCCAUUACUAUGGCUUGUUUAUCUACGAACAUAUAAACCUGAACCUUUGAUCAGCAAUACCCAGUCGAAUAAAAUCAAUAUUCCUGGAAGACGUUAUCUUCGAACACAUCUGCCGACUACACGUAUGAGUAGCGUAUUUACCAAGACAGUCAACUUACCAAGAAAACAUUAUCUUAAACCAUUGCCGACAGUAUCAAAUUUUACCAAGUACUAA